UUAUCACUUUAUAAACACUGUAGAAAGCAAUGCGAUGAGAGGCGUCGUUAAAUUUAAUCUAAGAAUUUAAUAUCUUUUUUUACCUCUGGCAUCAAAUUUAAUUUACAUGUUUAGUGAACUUGUAUAGCGCCAUGAGUACUGGAACUCCAUAUAUCGGCAGUAAAAUUAGCCUUAUUUCCAAGGCAAAGAUUCGUUAUGAAGGUUUUCUGUAUACAAUUGACGCCAAGGACUCUACAGUCACACUCGCCAAAGUGAUUUCCCUUGGCACUGAAGAUCGUGUGCCAGAUAAUCCAGUUCCUGCUAGAGAAGAAGUGUUUGAGUAUAUUGUUUUUCGGGGCACUGAUAUUGAUGAUUUGCAUGUAUGUGAAGCUCCCAAACCACAAGAUCCUGCAAUUGUUCAUAAUGGCCCUAUUCAAACUCCUCAUCAUUCGCAGCAUUAUCAUGCUCCAACUCAACAUCAGACUUAUAGUCCCUUUGCUGCUGGUAUGCCUCCAUUUGGCUAUACCUCCCAGUUUUACAACCAAAAACCUCAGAAAACUCCAAGUUUACCUCGUACACCCACACCUGAAUUAGUUAAUGUUUUAAGCAAAGAUGAUAGAAUUCAGUCUAAAGUAAAUAGAGACGGUGAUAGACGAGAUAGGGAGCAUCGUAAUGAUCGUUACUCUCAAGAUAAUCGUAAUGAUCGUUACACUUAUGACAAUCGUAAUGAACGCUACACCCAAGAUAACCGUAAUGAACGCUAUUCUCAAGACAAUAGAAAUGAUCGUUAUUCUCAAGACAAUAGAAAUGAUCGUUAUUCCCGAGACAAUCGCAAUGACCGAUAUUCACAAGACAAUCGCAAUGAUCGUCAUUCUCAUGAUAAGAAAAAUGAUUAUAGAGAUCGUAAAAGUAAAUCGGAGCAAAAUGAGCGUUACAAUAAAGAUGACAAAGACUACAAAGAAAACAAAGACAUUAAACAUAGCAAAGACGUUAAAGAUAAUAAACAAAAAGAACAUGUUAACAAAGAAAAUCGUAGUAAGGAUCAAUCAAACAAUCAAAAGGAUUUUAAAAGAGAAGCUCAAGUAAAUGAGAGAGAUUCAAGCAAACAAGUGAUUAAAAAAGACAAUCAGGAUCCUAACAGCAAGGGUAAAGUUACAAAUGGAGUUGAUGAAAAAAAAGUUUCCGUUGAUGAUAAAAGAAGAGGUGGUUUCCGUGGUCGUAGAGGUGAUUUUAGAACAGGGGUUCGAAAUACCUCAAGUAAUACCACAAAGUUUAAUGAAGAUUUUGACUUCGAAUCUGCUAAUGCUAAAUUUCACAAAGAUGAAAUUCAGAAAGAGCUUUUAAAAUUUUUACAGAAAGUAAAAAUCAAAGAUGAUGAUGUUAUUGUGGAACAGACUCAUGAUGGUGAAAAUAAAAGUGAUGAAUUAGAACCACUUUCAUCUCCUGAAAAAUUUUAUGAUAGCUCAAAAUCUUUUUUUGACAAUAUCUCUUGUGAAGCAAUGCAACCGAGUGGCGGUGAUCAAGAUGUAAUGAGUCGCAGACAAGAGCGAACAUUAAAUCAAGAAACAUUUGGAAGCAGUGCUGGAAGUUAUCGUGGAUACAGAGGUAGGGGGCGUGGUAGAGGUAGAGGACGUGGAAGAGGAUCUUAUUAUCGAGGACGUGGUAAUGGAAAUUUUCGCGGAAAUUCGAAUAGACCAUGGGUUGAUUAUGAAUUUGAUUAUGAAGCAGCUGGCAUUAGAAGUCAAAAUAGACAGAACCAGUUGACAGGAGAGAGCUGAUUUGAAUCCUACAAAGUUUUGUAUAUAUUAUGUUCAGGAUUUCAGAUUCUUAAAUGAAACUUGAUAGUGCAAUUUUUUUAUGAAAAUAGCUGAACACUUGUAGUUUUUUAGACAGUAAUGUAGUCGCUGUA